AUGAUUACUUGCUGCUGUGUGGAUCUUCAUUUGAUUGGAGGCUUGGUUCCUCUUCUCGGGUUUCUUAAGAACUUUCAUGCUAAUAUCCGAGCCAAAGCUGCUGAUGUUAUAUCAGGGCAGCGGAAGAAGAGAACUAACAGUGGAGCAAAUAAGUUGUUCAAGAAAGUGAAAGAAAGAGCUAAGAAGAUCAAGAACAGUCCUACCAAACUUGGUCAUGGUUAUUACAACGAUCAUGAUGUGUAUGAAGAAGAAUGUGGCAAGAAAGAAUCAGAGUGGCACGUGUAUACUCACUGCAGUGUAACUGUUCAACCUGAGUCACUGUGUCAUCCCGGGGAAGCUAAUUUUCAGGUACUGCUGAAGAUUUCCACCAAAGAACAAAAAGAUUUCCCAUUGGUGACUUCGGAUUAUACCAAACGUCAGGAACCUAGCCACUACGAGAUACUUUUUAUGGACACGAGAGGAUAG